AUGGCAAAUGCAACAGAAGAAAUUCAAUCUCUCAGCAUCUCAACGGACUUCUUCGCAAGUGCAGGAUGGUGCCCUUACGAAACGGCUGAAAUAGUCUGCACUGUGAUUGUGACAGGAGCAUUAAGUCUGGUGACUAUCAUUGGAAACAUUCUGGUCAUUAUUUCUAUCAAAAUAAACAGACAUUUACAAACUACUAACAACUACUUUAUUUUCAGCUUAGCCUGUGCUGAUUUGAUCAUUGGGGCAUUCUCUAUGAAUCUUUACACUGUUUAUACUGUAAAUGGAUAUUGGCCUCUGGGUCCAGUGAUUUGCGAUUUAUGGCUUACUGUAGACUAUGUUGUCAGUAACGCCUCUGUUAUGAACCUCCUUAUCAUAAGCUUUGACCGCUACUUCUGUGUGAAAAAGCCCCUUAUCUACCCAGUGAAACGAACAACUAAGAUGGUAGGGAUGAUGGUUGCAGCUGCUUGGGUUUUGUCUUUUUUCCUGUGGGCUCCUGCCAUUCUCUUUUGGCAGUUCAUUGUAGGGGAGCGGAUUGUCCAAGAGGGCGAGUGUUACGUACAAUUCUUCUCAAAUCCACCUGUCACUUUUGGAACUGCUAUAGUUUCCUUUUAUAUCCCAGUUACCAUAAUGACGAUUUUGUAUGUGCACAUAUCUCGUGCCAGCAAGACUCGAAUGAAGGAUGAUAGAAUUCAGCCUGAAUUAUGUAUGGCAACCGUUACUCCAACUGUAGUGAAUGGCAAAUUAAUGAAAUCAAACCGCACCAAAACAGCAAAUACUCUUGACGAGUUGCUGGAGGUCAACAUCAGGAAUAGGAAUGACAGAGAGAACAGAACAACAAAUAACAUUAUAAAUGUGACCAGAACACAUUUUAAGAGGGCAAAUGGUGCGGUAUUACGAGAAAAGAAGGUAACUAGGACCAUUCUGGCUAUUCUCCUGGUCUUCAUAAUUACAUUUACUCCGUACCAUGUCAUGGUUCUCCUGGAUACCUUCUGCUUAAUCUGUGUCCCCAGCAUACUUUGGAAUAUCGGAUACUGGCUCUGUUAUAUCAAUAGUACGCUAAAUCCUGCCUGCUACGCAUUGUGCAAUAUGACCUUCAAGAAGACGUUCAAACAUCUUCUCCUGUGUCAGUACAAGAAUAUAAGUGCAACAAAGUAA